AUGACGAAAAUCCUCAAAAAAAUCAAAGGAGGGAAUUUUUGGAUAGACGUGGACGAAGGAAUGGCGUAUGUAACGGGUCAAGGCGAUCCAAACAAGCUUUUGAAACUGAUGGGUUCGAAGAGAGGCAAAGAUGCUGAAAUGGCCUUUGUGAAAACCGGUGAUGACUUUCGCAAUUUUCACAACAACCAUCAAAACUCUUACUUUGGCCAAUCAACGCCUUAUUGGCCGGUCGAUAUGAGCUACACUCAGUCUCAGGGUUAUUACCCUUCCGCACCGGCAAUGCAAUCUUACCAUCAACAAUAUCCAUAUUCCGGUGGAUAUAAUAGCUACGGUUAUUUUUAA